GCUAUGAUAAACCUCAAGAAAAUUAUCUACCCCCAAGAAACCCACUUAGUCUUCCUCUAGAUCCGGAGGUAAUUCAUGGAAUGACAGGAUUUGAAUUCGGUACUGAGCAAGAAAUUAAAACACGAUUAGAAAAUAUUAUAAAAAGUGAAUCUUAUCAAAGUUCGAUUAAAGCUCAACAUUACAAUAAUUAUCCGAGUGGAUCUUUUGAUGGCAGGAAAAGAAGUAGUGGUUUUGAAUAUUAUCGUAAAAAAUUAUCGGGCUCGAGUAGCUCAAUUCAUGAAGACAAAACUAUUACGGCCGAUCCAACUCAAGCAGUUCAUCCAUUAAUUUCAAUCUAUUAUCUUGUAAAAGAAAAAAUCGAACGAGAUCGUUUAAUACAACAAGGAGGUAUUCCCCGAUUCGGUUCGUCAUCAUCCCUUUUAGAGGUCAAUAAUAAUGUACAUGUACCCCAUAUUCCA